AUCUGACAGAAUCUGCCAUACGGGCACAUCUAUUUUGUGAUUAAUAACUAUUCUACACCGCAGAAAAACAUAAUUACGAGCAUACAGUGGAAAUUCGUACCCCGAGCAGUCAGGGUGGGAUCCCCACAAUUCGCUCCCUUUUGGCGUGGAAGCUACGUCCAAGUAAAACACCAAUACGUAUCAAAUCCAGAACUAUGCUUUUCCGAAAGCCGCUCGAGCUCUGCAUCUAGUCAUUACAUUCACUAGAUAGUCGACCGUGUCCAAUCUCUUCUCUUUGUAAGGCUGAGGUCGCGGCUACUAGCUGUCAACAAUAGCAAAACUCACAACAAUUAAGCGAGAUCCACCUCCCUUUUCACAAUAGCAACAAAACUCGCAAGCGAAGCAGAAUACGAUCGCUUUGAUCGAUCGUUUCCUAUGCUUAACCAUUAUUUGGAGAGUGAGAGAACAGAGAGGCGGAGAUACCAAAACUCCCUCCUCCUGAGCUUCGUUUCAUUUUGCCCUUUCUCUCCUUCUGGUUCAGUUACAGACUCAAGGACGAUACCGAUUACCAGAUCGAUCUCAUCACAAGCAAAGCAAAGCAAACAACGACUUCUUUCAUUCACCCAACCACUUCGUCUCACAUCUCAAUCCACCACAAAGACACUUCUCACUCUUCUACCCCUUUCUCUCUCAUCACAUCUCUCACCAAAAAUGGCAAACACCAGAGCAAGUUCAGCACCAACGCUGCGCCGCAGCGAACGGAACAAAGUCCCUGCCGCCGCGAGGCCUGUGGGUAUCACCAAGAAGAAGGCCGCUGCAAGACCAAAGCCUCCUCCAAAGGCAAAGAAGACUUCCGGGGUUCCUGCUGUCGCUCCGACAGCCAACAAGACCACUGCCGUCAAGGCAAUAAAGAGAAAGGGUUCUGCUGGAGAGGACGAAGCAUCUGCGCCCAAGGCGAAGAGGUCUAAAGCCUGUGAGCCAAGGGCAAAGGUUUCUUCGGUUCCUGCUCCUGCUCCACCAAAGCCUGCCACUCACCGGUAUCUCACCCGGUCGAAGAAAGGGGCCGCAACACCAGAGCCAGAACCGGAGCCAGAGAAUCAGCACCCUCCUCCUGCCCCCCUUCCCUCUCUUCCUCCUCGUCUCCCCCCUCCUCCACCACCACAACCCGUUCUCCCUCUCCUGCUUCCCCAUCCACUGCCACCAGCUCAACCAGCUCCAGCUCCAGCUCCCUACCGAUCGAUCUACUCCGCCAACACCACCCCCACACCACCAGCCUCGACACAACCCGGUUACCUCUCCAAAAUCCGCCAACAAUACCGGCAAGUGGUACCCGCCCGCCACACCCCUGGCUACAAGCCAGAUUACGAGCCACGGAAGCAAAGCUCCAAAGCAACGCUGCUGGCAAAAGGCGAACAGAAGCGAACCAACCACUUCACCAACCUCGCCUACCAGCGGAAAGAGGAGGCCCGCCUCUGGGACGUGGAGGACGACGACCCAGCGGAGGAUGAUUCGAAGAAGAAGAAUUCGCUAGCCAAGCGCUUAGAGAUGAAGGAUAGAGUGCGGACGCAUUACGAGGGGUACCAGAAGAGGGUGAGGCAGGAGAGGGUGGUGGCGCACCAGGCGAAGGUGGAUGCUGGGGUGGAGAGGUGGAAGAUGGCGGAGGUGCAUGAGAAGUCGUCGUUGAGGGAGGAGUGUGGUGUUGCUUGGGGGAAGGAGGCUGAGGAGAAGUUGAGGGUGCAGGCGAGGGAGAGGUUUGAGGCGGAGAAGGCGGCGGGGAGGGUGAAAGAUGCGGAGUUGUAUGGGAAGGAUUAUGAUCCUCAUGAAGAGGAUUACUAGCUGGGGAGAUCUUGUUGUUCUGUGGUGUACAAAUUUUUUUUGGCGAUGUUUAGGAGAGGAAAGGGGAAGCGAGCUGGUCUCGCUGCCUCACUGGAGAGUGUUUCUGUUUAGUGCGUAAUUACUUCUAGGACUGUUAUCUCAUGGAUUGACUUAAGCCCUUCCUCGGUAUGCCACUUGGAGUUGAAAGAUAUCAUCCACUAAAUACUUGUAAGCUUGAACCUGAUCACUGCCUCCUCGGACGGCGAAUUGAGGUACCAACUUGAGGAGCUAUCAAGUACCUCUAAUAUAUCAAGUUAUGACCAGAGCACGGCUACUACGAAUCAAAUGGCAGUCACAAAGAGGUGAAAGCAGGACAUCUGAUGAGAUAUAGAACUUCGAGGAAUAAGGAAAGUCAUUGAUAAACCAAAGCGAAUGACAAAAAAUCACUGAACUGCGUUAAAGUAAGCAAAACUGCAACAACAUGCUGCAGACACUUGGGGAGGGAAGUAGGCAGUAGAUGGGCAAGAAGAUAGAAGGGAUCGAAAGAUGAAAGGGAAAACAGACGACAGUAAAGGGUACAAUGUCAGCAAAUACGCCGGGUCUACUUUCUAAUGCCUCCCUAAGGGAAGGUCAGAGAAAGAAGUAGGCGGUGCCUUCCUCACUUGUAGCCGAGUGACAGUGGGAGCUACUUCUCUCCUCGAUCAUAGUAUAGAUGGGAAGGAGACUGGUGAAGCCAACAAUACGCUACCAGACAAUGGCAAAUGCGGCGGAUGUCCACGAGAAAAAGUCGAGAGAAGAUGAAAUGAAUGGUAGCCGAGGUAAACAAGCAGGUCUGAAUACUGGCAAAAGAUGACAAGCGCUUGAUGUGAGACUUCAGCCGGCGUGAUAUCAAGGCCAAGACAUGUAGAAAUCAAG